AUGCUAAGCUUGAAAGUCAGUAUGUUCACGUUGGUUGAUGCCCCUGGCCCACAUCGCUUAGAGUACGAAGUGCCACAGUCAGUAGAGCAUCCUAAGUGGAACUGGCGGACUAAACCAGAAAGCCGUGAUUUUGAUGAAUUGAACCACAUCCUUCAAGAGAGCAAGAAGCUGGGGAAAGCCCUUGAAAAUCUUUCUCGAAGUAUUGCAAUUUCAGAUGAACUUGAUAAGGAAACAGUCUCUUUUAAUUCUCUUCUGAGGCCCCGUGUGAUUGGAGAAUGGAUUGGUAGAGAAGAAAAUGAUGCUGAUCCUCUAGCUGCUGAAAUGCUGCAGCCCCCAGUUCCAAGAAAUAAAAAUGACCAAUGGGAAAGUGAAGACAGUGGCUCUAGCCCUGCAGGAAGCUUAAAGAUGGAGCCCAAAACUAAAGGAUUAAAACAGCAGCAGCAGCAACAUAAGAAACUUUUGGCAGCGAUGCUUUCUCAGGAUUCCUUUGAGUCCAUCCACAGCCCGACACCAUCUGUAACAGAAGAAGAUAUUGAUAACGAAGAUGAUGCAAUGGAAUUGCUGGAUGAAGUAUUUUCUGUAACAUUCUUUUAA